AUGUCCAACAGCAGCUCCAUCAGCCACUUCCUCCUGCUGGCACUGGCAGACACGCAGCAGCUGCAGCUCCUGCACUUCUGCCUCUUCCUGGCCAUCUCCCUGGCUGCCCUCCUGGGCAACGGCCUCAUCAUCAGCGCUGUAGCCUGCAGCCACCACCUGCACACCCCCAUGUUCUUCUUCCUGCUCAACCUGGCCCUCACUGACCUGGGCUCCAUCUGCACCACUGUCCCCAAAGCCAUGCACAAUUCCCUCUGGGACACCAGGAACAUCUCCUACGCAGGAUGUGCUGCUCAGGUCUUUUUCUUUCUCAUCUUUAUCUCAGCAGAGUAUUUCCUUCUGACCAUCAUGAGCUACGACCGCUACGUGUCCAUCUGCAAACCCCUGCACUACGGGACCCUCCUGGGCAGCAGAGCUUGUGCCCACAUGGCAGCAGCUGCCUGGGCCAGUGCUUUUCUCUUUUCGCUGCUGCACUUGGCCACUACAUUUUCCCUGCCCCUGUGCCAUGGCAAUGCCCUGGGCCAGUUCUUCUGUGAAAUCCCACAGAUCCUCAAGCUCUCCUGCUCAAAUUCCUACACUAGGGAACUUGGACUUCUUGUGGGUAGUGCCCUUCUUUUUCUGGGUUGUUUUGUGUUCAUUGUUUUCUCCUAUGUGCAGAUUUUCAGGGCUGUACUGAGGAUCCCCUCUGAGCAGGGACGGCACAAAGCCUUUUCCACCUGCCUCCCUCACCUGGCUGUGGUCUCCCUGUUUAUCAGUACCUCAUUUUUAACCUAUCUUAAGCCACUUUCAGUGUCUUUCCCAUCCCUGGAUCUGUCACUGUCAGUUCUGUACUCAGUGGUACCUCCAGCACUCAAUCCCCUCAUAUACAGCCUAAGGAACCAGGAUAUCAAGGAUACCCUGAAGAAAAAGGUGUUUCCAGCUCUCCUGUUUAAAUGGCCAUGUCGAAGGACAUCUCUUCACUAGACCAGCUGGAUCUAUGUCCUUCCCAUUGCUCCCAGAUUUCCUCCUCUAGAUGCUCUCUGAUCAUUCAAGGGCCUCUCAGCUGACUGGUUUCAUGCUUUGAGCUUCAGGGUGUUGCCCAAUCUUUCAGAAAUUCAAAUAUAUAUCAUAUUUGUCAACAUCUUAAUUGUGUUUAUAUCUAUCACAGAAUCACCUUUUCUUAUACCUUUUU